AUGGAAGCCUCCAUGCAAAGGAGCAUAAAUCUCUUCACUUCCGGCUGCGCCAACUUCGGACUGAUCAUCAACCCCGAGAAGAUGGUGAUCACGCAUCAACCGACGCCGGACACGGAUUACAGAGAAGCCUACAUCAACAUCAGGGUAACUUAAAUCGCCACAAUGGACAAAUUCGCAUACCUAGGCAAGAUAAUUUCACGAAAUGUCAGGAUAGACGAAAGAGUAGCCCAGAAAGUCUCAACCGCCAGCCAGGCCUUUGGCCGGCUACCUAUCUCCGUCUGGAAUCGUCCGGGAUUUUGACAGAACAACAAUCUCAAGAUGUGGAGGACGUUAGUGCUGAUGAAGUUACUCAUAGUGGCGGGUACCUGGACCGUCUGCGUGAACCCAUCAAGCUAGCUGAACCCCUUCCACCUCAGCCGCCUCCACAGAACGCUAAAGUUGAGAUGGCAGGACUGGAUUCCGGACAUGGAAAUCCUCCAACUGACCGGAAUCCGGAGCGUCCAGGCCAUGUUGAGGCAACCGCAGAUGCGCUGGAGCGGCCACCUCGCGAGGAUAGUUGA